AUGGAGUACGAAAUCUUGGUGCCGGCGGGGCUUCUUCGCGACCGCUUGGGGAAUGAGGUUCAAGCUGCAAAAGCUGGUUCCUUCACAACGCUCAGCGGGGUCAUCACUACGAGCGAUUACUUUGGUGGCGGCAUGCCUGGGGGUCCGCCUCCUCCUGGGGACGAGAUGGUGGAGGGCUUCCCCGAUCUCCUAGCCACUUGGCCCUUUCGGGGAGCCAGGGACGUACCACCUCGAAAUGGCAUAGAGAUUUUCCUCUAUUUUGCCACCCCUGUGGAGUGGAGUCCUCUUGGCCGUGUGCAGAUUUUCAAUGAGACCGACCUUAUGUUCACCAUCCCAACCAGUGACUACGUGCCGGGCGGUCCCGUACGCAAUCUUCAAGUGCUGCCAGAGCACCGCGCGGUCAAGGUUCGACUUCCACAGCCUGGGGGAUUGCCGAUGUUGCGGCCUGGGCGGAACUUCAGUCUGGCCUUGUCGCCUGGCGCUCUGCAGGACAUGGGCUUGGGCAACCUGAGCGACGCCAUUCGCCUGGAGUUCAAGUGUUUGGAGAUGAGUCAGGGAAAUGCCAUGCCCCGCGCCAUUGCAGCCGAUAUAGCAGAGGGCCAGGAGGUGCCAGGCUCGCGGCACAUCUUCAACAUUUGGUACAGCGAGGACAUUGCCAAAGCAGUGGACCAAAAGCCGCCGGUCUCCUUGUUGUUGCCGUCAGGCGCCGUGUCAGAUCUGCCGGGGGAGAGCCAAGAGGUAGAGAUCAGGGGCAAUCGCCUGACCAUGACCUUCCCACAGCAU